GUGAUUGCGUGGCUGCCGGAGUGACCUUUCACACAGCGCUCCUCGGCAAGGUUAACCCUUGGAAUGCGCAGGAGUCUUCCACACGCUCUCCCUAAACACAAGAGAAGAAGCAGGACCACAGUCUGACGACAGAAUGCCUCUACAGCUAAGCUGAUUUAGCUCCAAAUUGCAUCUCUUUUCACAAAAGCACUCCAKGAUCUGGGAGGCUGCAGCCAUGCUCCCUUCCCAGGCUCUCCUGCCCGCUGUGGUGUUUGCACUCGCAGCCCUCCAGGCCCUUGCSUCCGACACCUUCCUGGCAGCCGUGUACGAGCACGCCGUCAUCCUGCCACAGCUCACACAUGAGCCCGUCUCUCACAGCGAUGCUUUGGCCCUGAUGAACAAAAACAUGGMUGUCUUGGAAGGGGCCAUCAAGGAAGCCGCCCAGAAGGGUGCCCGCAUCAUUGUGACUCCUGAAGAUGGCRUCUAUGGGUGGCUGUUCACAAGAGAAUCCAUCUACCCCUACCUGGAGGACAUCCCUGAUCCWGUGGUGGAUUGGAUUCCYUGCACAGACCCCUCAAGAUUUGGUCCAGCACCAGUKCAGGARCGACUCAGCUGCAUGGCCAGAAAUAACUCCAUCUAUGUGGUUGCAAAUAUCGGGGACAAGAAGCCGUGUAACUCCAGUGACCCCGAGUGCCCCAGUGAUGGUCGCUACCAGUACAAUACGGAUGUCGUCUUUGAYCCASAGGGGAAACUGGUAGCUCGUUACCACAAGUAUAAUCUCUUUGUAACAGAAAGACAGUUUAAUUACCCAAAAGAAGCAGAAUUCGUYACCUUUGAGACUCCUUUUGGGAAGUUUGGCAUUUUCACUUGCUUCGACAUCCUUUUCCAUGACCCUGCCGUGGUCCUGGUSAGCAAGAUGCAGGUGGACACCGUGCUCUUCCCGACAGCUUGGAUGAAUUUCCUGCCUUUUCUSACUGCAAUYGAGUUUCACUCUGCCUGGGCUAUGGGCAUGCGUGUCAAUGUUUUAGCUGCCAAUACUCACAACAACAGCAUGGAAAUGACAGGGAGUGGCAUUUAUUCACCGGCUGGAGCCCGAGCAUACUUCUACAACAUGGAAACUGAAGAUGGUCGCCUCCUCAUUGCUGAGCUAGAUGUACACCCUCGUCUUUCUCCUGCCACCCCUCCUGCUGUCACCUGGAAUUCGUAUGCUUUGAGUGUURAAAGGCUCUCACAGAAUGACCAUGAAUUCUCAGGAAUCAUCUUUGAAGAUCACUUUACUUUCACUGAGCUCACUAAACCUGAGGGGAAUCUUACUCUCUGCCAAAAAGACCUCUGCUGUCAUUUGAGCUACAAGAUGACAGAGAAAAGAGUUGAUGAAGUUUAUGUGCUGGGUGUUUUUGAUGGCCUUCAUGUUGUUGAAGGACAGUACUAUAUGCAGGUCUGCRCGCUGCUCAAGUGCCUGAGCACAAACCUGAGCACGUGUGGGGACUCCGUGGAGACGGCUCAGACCAAGUUUGAGAUGUUCUCCCUCAGUGGCACGUUUGGCACCAGCUAYGUGUUCCCAGAAGUGCUGUACAGCGGGGUGCAGCUGGCCCCUGGGGAGUUUGAGGUCCUGAGUGAUGGGCGCUUGAUGAGUAAGACCAAACCAACUAAACCAAUCAUUGCUGUGGCGCUUUUUGGACGGUUUUAUGAAAGGGAUCAUGAGAAACAAGACCCACAACCAACAGACCCKCCCCAUGAUAUGCCCAUAACUGAAGCUCUACACGGUUAAUCUUAUGUCCAGAUGAGAUACAGCUUUGUCUACUACAACAAUCCCAGUUAUGUUUCUUAUUUCCAGUUGCACRAUCUUCUCAUCAAUGGGUUUGGUUUAGUAAUAAUGCAGCAAUAUUAUUGCUACCAUUUAUUGAAAGAAUCUAUUUCURUAUCAUAAAUUACUAAUUUUUGUAAGUGCAAAAGAGCACUUGUUUGUCUCUGCUUGCUGGAUUUUAAUUUUUCUAACCCUCAGAAAACCUAAAGUUCAGAGUAUGCAUUCUUAUUAAAACAGCAUUGCAUAUUUUUUUUUUUUCAUUAAAAAUUAUUAUGGCAUCAGCAAAUAAAACAGUGGAAGAGGUGA